AUGUCUGACAACGUCACCUGGACUAGCGACUUCGACAAGUUCCUUGCCGAACUCGACACCGAGAAUUACACCAAUGACACCAGCUUCAUGGAUCUCCUUGGUCCUACUGGUUACUACGACUUUGACCACGUCGACGAUGGCGCUCUUGGCGCUGCGGACUCCCUGGAUCCGGUGCUAGUCAACAUUCUGCGUUUACCGUUCGCCAAUUGA